AUGGAUUUUGGCCACGAUCCAGGCGCAGAUGGCUCCCGCCAAUUCGGCCGAGGCCUCGGCGGAGAGUUCGGCGACGAGGGAGGAUUCGGGGGCGGCGCUCCACUGGAUGCCUUCGGCGGCGGCUUCCAAGGCGACGGAGGUUUCCUCGCCACGGGAGACCCGACAGGAGCGAUGUUUGGCACAGGCGACUUCGACGGCGGAGGCUUUUUGAUGCAUGCAGGCGCAGGCGCAACGCAACCUGGUGCCAUGCCAAGCCACCAACAAAACACCUUCAUGCCCGUCAAAAUCGGAGCAGUUAUGAAUGCGUUUGCGGAAAAACCGGACGAAUCUGCGAUCUCUCUGGCGCCGCCUCCAGCCCCGCCCCUCCACCUGCUGCGGAUCAUCGGCCGCGUCUCUCGGGUGUCUGGACACCUGCCGGAAGCGAGUGCGGGGCCGAUUGACUACUCUGCAGGCCGCGCCUGCUUCGAACUCGAAGACGGCACGGGUGUGGUCGACUGCGAGUGGCUGCUCGGCGACGACAUCACGCCUUACAAGCAAAAGCGCGUCGAGGCCGCCCUCCAGGUGAACAACUACGUUCGGGUCUAUGGCCAGAUGUCGACUCUCGGACAGGCUGUGCCGAUGCUGCGGGUGCAUGCAGUGAGGCCCGUCACGUCAGCGGGCGACCUUCUGUUCCACGAAGCAGACUGCUGUAGUGCAUUCGUAAAAAUCAAGUUUUUCGGCCAGCAGCUGCCUGACCCUCUUGAGGCUCAGCUGCCAGUGGCACGAGGGCCCGCCGGCUCACACGCCUCUGCACAGAAGCCUUUGACUUCUUCCGCGCUUUCGCCGUCGCACGGAUACGCUGGCAGAUAA